CUUAACUCCGAAGCCAUACGACCCAUAACACCAUCCCAUCACCUCAUCCUCCAUCCCUCCUCCAUGCAAUCCCCCCCAAACAACACAACAACCCCUAAAACGAACUCAGAAGCAAUCAACCCUCAAAAUGUCCCUCGAAACCAACUCCGCCCUCUCCCUCUCCAUCCUCACCUCCCUCGGCGGAGUAAUCGGCUACGCCCGCACCGGCUCCGUCCCCUCCAUCGCAGCCGGUCUCUCCGUCGGCGCCCUCUACCUCUACAGUUUCCAGCGUCUGCGCUCGGGCCAGGCCUACGGCGACGAACUGGGUCUCUUGGCCUCUAUUGUCCUGAGCGGGAGCUCCAUCCCCAGGGCGAUUAAGACCCGCAAGCCGGUGCCGAUUGGGCUGAGCUUUGUGGCUAUUUAUGGGCUUUUGGUUUUUGGGAGGGCUGUUUUGGGGAGGAAUUGAUUUGGGGUUGGGUCUACAGUCUCAGUUAUUGAUUGAUUUGUUGAUUUAUUCAAUUGGAGGUUGUAGGGUCGUGGGGUGUAUGAUUAUACCAUUUGAGUCCUCUUUUUUUUUCUCUCUCUAAAUGUCAUUUGAUUGAUGGUUGUGCGUUGUCAUUCAUUACAUGGGUUAUUCUUUGGUCUUAAGAUG